AGCAAGUUGUGGAAAUGUUUGCCAACCUGCGCUUGUUUGCACAGGGCUGGUGACGUCACUGUCGGAGGGCCUGUUCACGUUGCUGCAGGACAUGCAGGGCCGCCUCACCAAGGUCAUCAAGAGCGUGGGCAAAAUCGAGCACUCCUUCUGGAGAUCAUUCCACAACGAGCGAAAGACAGAAGCAGCGACGGGUUUCGUGGAUGGGGACCUCAUCGAGAGUUUCCUGGACCUUAGCCGCCCCAAGAUGCAAGAAGUGGUGGCCGGCCUGCAGAUUGACGACGGGAGCGGCAUGAAGAGGGAAGCGACGGUGGACGACCUGAUCAAGACUGUGGAGGAGCUCACGCGAAUCCACUGAGCAGCGGGCAUCUUCCACUGCACAUGCUGUCCCAAACAUCAGUAGCCCUUCAUUGACCACCCCUCCCCGCCGAAGACAUAGGAUUUACCCUAUUUUGCCUGAACUAGUUUUUCCUUUGUUAAUUUUACCCACUUCUACCCUGCAUUGUUUCUCUUUACCUUCCCUUUCCCCAACUUGUGUUCCGUUGUUGACAAUUUGCUUUCACUCACCACACACACGUAAUGCUCUUUCACCACUUCCCUUUUCUGAA